AUGCUCAGCUCCAGCUCACAGAUCAUACCACCACACUGCCAGUGGAUCCGCCUUCAGCAGACCGAGGCCCAUCCUUUUACAUUUACACCAACACACCAACCUGCACCGAUCCCAAGCAACUACCUGGGCCCUUUGGGAGCCUCUUCUUCCAACAUACCCAGUCUCGGAGUUCUUUUUUUUCGGCUGAAAUGGACACCAGGUACCACACCUGGCACCCCCUGGAGGGUACCAGCGGUACUUUGGGCGGGUACCAGCGGUACUUUGGGCGGGUACCAGCGGUACCUGUGGCCGCGAAAUGGACACCAGGUACCUCACCUGGCACCCCCUGGCGGGUGCCAGGCGGGUCCGGGCGGUACCAGGCAAACAGGUGCCGGGUACCGAUUGUCAUCUUUAGCUGCCGACAACCGCUGCACGACAUCCCUAGCCUCCCCCAGCCUUCACCUCAACCGAUCGAACGAACAAUCGAGUCGAAGAGUCGGCUUUUUUUUCGCCGACAAUUGCUGCACAACACCCCUAGCCUCCCCCAGCCUUCACCUCAACCGCUCGAACAAACAAUCGAGUCGUCGGCCGUUUUUUAGGUCCCCGACAACCCACACACCGCGGCCCUCAUAUUGGGCCUGA